GAGAAAAUGAGGGUUAUUCCCCAUUGUGGGCAUGGGCGGAAUUGGGAAAUCAACGAUGGCUCAAGUGGUAUACAAUGACGAGCGAGUGAAAAGGGAGUUUGAGCUUAAGGCAUGGGUUUGUGUUUCUGAAGAAUUUGAUGUUGUUGGGGUUACAAAGUUAAUUUUGGAGGCUUUUAGUUUGGGUGGUCAUUAUACCAAUGAUUUAAAUUCGCUUCAGGCAAAAUUGAAAGAGAUGUUUUGUGGAAAGAAGUUUUUGAUUGUUCUUGACGAUGUUUGGAACGAGAAUUAUGAUGAAUGGUGUCAUUUGAAGAGGCCUUUUCAAUAUCGAGCUCAAGGCAGUAGAAUUAUAGUAACCACACGGAGUCAACGUGUUGCAUCAAUCAUGCAAACUGUUGAAUCAUAUAAGCUUAAGUACUUGUCUGAUGAAGAUUGCUGGAAUUUGUUUGCAAAACAUGCGUUUGGUUAUAAAAACUCACGUACAAAUCCCAGUAUUGAUAGGAUUGGAAGAGAAAUUGUGAAGAAGUGUAAGGGAUUACCUUUAGCUGCCAAAACUCUUGGAGGCCUUCUGCGAUCAACUUCUGACCUUAAAGAAUGGAAAAAUAUAUCAAGGAGUGACAUAUGGGAUUUAACAGAGAUGGAAAGCAAUAUUCUUCCUGCUUUGCUGCUGAGUUAUCACUCUCUCCCUUCAUAUUUAAAGCAAGCGAUGCUUUGCCUACUGCUCAAUAUUCCAAAGAGUUAUAAAUUUGAGGAGGAGGAGUUAAUUUUGCUUUUAAUUUUGCUUUGGAUGGCUGAAAAUUUACUUCAGAAUCCUGUGAAUGGCGAAAGAAUUGAAGAUAUUGGAGAUAAGUAUUUUCUUGAGUUAGUAUCAAGAUCAUUUUUUCAACAAUCGCAAUCUGCUGGACAACAUUUUGUAAUGCAUGAUCUAAUAAAUGACUUGGCUGGAUUUGUGUCUGGCAAAUUUUGUGUUAGACUAGAAGAUGGUAACUCAAAUAUAAAUGUUGACGCAAGAAUGCGCUAUUUAUCGUUUCCCGUUGCUGAUGGACCUGUGAAAUUAGAAGCUAUGGACAAAAACAAUCGAUUGCGCACCUUACUCACUCUAGGCAUUACUUUUCAUGAUCAUAAAUUGCAAGAUGAUGCAUUUUCAAAACUAGUAUGCCUAAGAGUGCUAUCAUUCUCAUUCUUUAGUGCCUUGGAGGAGUUGCCUGAAUCAAUUGGCUUACUAAGGCAUCUUCGUUAUUUAAAAGUAUCUGGAACAAGAUUCGAAAGGUUUCCUAAUUCUAUUUGCAGUUUAUAUAAUCUAUAGACACUGAAGGCAACAUUGUGUAUCCAUCUUGCUGAGCUACCUCAAGAAAUGCAUAAUCUGGUUAAUUUGCGGUAUCUGGAUAUCGAAAAUACUCAAAUAAAAGAGUUUCCACCACACGAGUAAAUUGAGAAGCCUCCAACAUUUAAGCCACUUUGUAGUUGGCAAAGAUUAUGGUUGCUUGGUUGGUGACUUGGGAGGGUUGUCACAUAUACGUGGUUCUUGCUCGAUCAAAAAUUUGAAACAUGUUGCGUAUCCCAAGGAGGCUAUGGAGGCUAGGUUAUGUGACAAGAAAUAUCUGACAUAGCUGGAUUUAAAUUAGGGUAAUGGUGCUGAUAUAGAUGACUCACAGCAUGAGAAGUGCGUACUUGAUCAUCUACGACCCCAUGCGGAGAACCUUAAAGAACUCUCGGUACAUAACUAUACAGGUACUGAGUUUCCAAACUGGUUCGGAGACGUUGCAUUUGGUAUCCUCUCAUCUGUAAACCUUGAAAAUUGUGAGUAUUGUUAUGUAUUACCUCCACUUGGGCAACUUCCCUGUCUAAAACAGCUUGAAAUUUCAAAUUUCAAGAUGUUGCAGAGUGUUGGAAGAGAAUUUUAUGGGAAAUUUUCUCGUGGGGUGAAUGCUAUCGAGUUUUUUGCUGCACUAGAAGUUUUGAAAUUCUACCAUAUGCCAGCAUGGGAGAAAUGGAGUCACCCAGUUGACAACGAGAGCUGCAUAGCUUUUCCUCAUCUUAGACAACUUGUGAUAUGUGAUUGUCCUAAACUGAUUGGUGAUUUGCCAAAAGCCCUUCCUUGCUUAACACGGCUUCAAAUUCAAGACUCUGGGCAAUUUUUUUCUUCACUCUACUCCAACCCAAAAUUCCCAGUAUUUGUUGGUUUAAACCAAUACCCCCAGUCACUUGAAUUGUUGGAAAUAAGAUGCUGUUGCUCACUCAGGUCUUUCCUAUUGAAUCUCUUUCCCAAGCUCAAAUCUCUAAAAAUUUCAUACUGUGAGAAUCUAGAAUCACUUACUAUUUCAAUCAAAAAGGGAGAUGGAAACCCUGAAGAAAGACCUUAAAAUCUCAUAGCUCUCCAGUCCUUCUCUAUUUAUGGGUGCCCAAAUUUGCUCUCUUUUCCCGAUGGAGGUUUCCCAGCCCCCAAUCUCACUUGUUUAAGCAUUGAAUUCUAUCCGAAAUUGAAGACCUUGCCCGAAAGAAUGCAUAGCCUCCUUCCAAGUUUGGAAGCACUUACAAUAUGGGAUUGUCCAGAAAUGAAUUUGUCUCCAGAUGGUGUUUUGCCCUCUAGUUUGAAAUCACUAGAGUUCUCUGAUUCGGAUAAUCUUGUUGCCAAUACAGUGAAUCUACAUAGUAAAUCUCCUUCUGGGCUCACACUCUUCUAUAUUCACACUUCUUUUCAAGACACAAUAGCAUAUCCACCUGAAGGAGUGCUACUUGGUACUCUUACUGGACUAAAUAUCCAUAAUUGGCCUAGGCUUAGAACUUUGAACACCAAGGGGCUAGAACAUCUGAACUCUCUAAGAAAUUGGAUAUCUAUAGAUGCACCAAGUUGUAGUCAAUAACAAGAGGAGGAAAUAUGCCUCCUUCUCUUACUGAACUCAACAUCAAUGGUUCUCUUUUGCUUGAACUUCAUUGUCAGAGGGACAUUGGAAAAUACUGGCCCAUGAUUUGUCAUAUUCCAACCAUUAAGAUCAACAACAAGUACCUUAAAGUUGAAGGCCGGCAAGAUAUGUAAGUAG